AACACCCACCAGGUUUUAUAAACGUGUUGGAUUUGAAAUCACACUGAUUGAUUGACCUGUCUAUAGGAUUAUCUUCAAUAUCACUGGAUUGUUUCCUUAAUACCAAAGGCAAAAAAUUACGGUCUUCUACAAACCCAGCCAUGGCUGAAGCAAUAAAGACUGUCACCUCCCAGAGUACAGAGUGUCCAGUGUGUCUUUCUACCUUCACCGAUCCCAAGAUCCUGUCUUGUUCUCAUGCUUUCUGCAAGACUUGCCUGGACAACCUCUUAGAGUGUCACGGUAACUCCCAAAUCCGAUGCCCUGUCUGCAGAGCUGUAACGCAGGUCCCAAACCAAGAUGUCAGCAAACUACAUGUACAUCUUUCUUUGAAGUGUCUACUAGAGGAUAUGAAGGGUCAUCAUCAGAUUUGCACAAAUUGUAAAUCUGAUGACAAGCCCCAUGCCGUUGUCUACUGCCGAGACUGUGGCAAGUAUCUCUGCACCUCUUGUCUUAAUAAGCACUCUCAGUGGGAAGGCUUUAUCGAUCAUGAAGUCAUUGCCAUGAGUGAGAUUUCGUCAGGAAAGGUGUCUGUACGUAGAUACCGCAAAUGCAGGAAACACCCCCAAAAAGAUGAGGAUGACUUCUGUUCCACCUGCAGGAGAUUCACAUGCUUCAGAUGCGGUGAGAUGGAACAUAAAGACAAGGGUCACCAUGUCGUCGAGGGAGCUGCUUAUAAGGACAAACACAUGAAGAGUAUCGAAGACCUGAAAUCAAAGGUGGACAAGAAACAGUCAUGCUUUCAUAAGUACAUUGAUUUCAUAGAUGAACAGAGCAAGAGUGUUAGCAAUGCCAAGAAACAGUGUACAAGGGACAUCAACAAAGCAUACGAUGAAGCAGUCCGGCAGUUGACAGAAAAGAGAGAAAGCCUACUAAGAGAAGUCAAGGAAACGACUGAAGGAGUAGAGAAAGAACUGAAAAGCAUGAGGACCACGGCUCAGAAGCACAUCAAUCAGUUGACGACCAUUGCUGAGAUGGUAACCAAUACAGCAAAUAUACCAUUAGAUACGGAUACAUUGGCUGCACACGACACUCUAUGUGAAGAGUUACGAGAGAUCUUUGAUCAAAAGGAUCCUGACUACGAGCAGUCGAGGAAAUUAAGCAAGAAGGGGCAAAGUGUCAGUUUUGAGAGAAACGUUGGAAAGGAUGAGCUACGUUUUGGUAAGAUUGUUAAUAUAGUUGAAAAGAACGUCGUUUUGCCUACUUAUAAUAAUGCUAAUGUAAAAAAUAUUGCUUUGCCAGCUAAGAAUAGCAUGAAUGCCAUGGUUAGUACACCAGAUGGUGGGAUGGCAGUAGGAUAUUACUCAGGUGGCAUCUCCAUCUUCUCUUCUGAUGGUAAGCUUCAGCAGACAGUUCUGAAGGAUGUUGGAAUUGUUGGUGUAGGGUUCCUCUCUGAUGGUCGAUGCGUUGUGACUGAUUCUUCAAACAACAUCACACUGUACACACCAGAGUACACAAAAUUGAAUGUAAUGUUUAAGACUCUAAGUCGAGAUGAAGGGAGAUAUUCUGAUCUCACUGUUGGUGAUUAUGACCUGAUCUAUGUAAGCUACAGGAAAGCCAUGAAGAUCCCGGUUUUUUUAACAGCAGGUGGGCAAGCAGUCAGGGAGAUACAAUGCAACGGGUAUGAACCUUGGCAGAUCACUAGUUACCAUCGUUCUCUGAUCAGUUCAUCACUGCGUAUUAUCAGAUUGAUAGACAAAGACGGUGUUGUACAACAUGAAUUAAAGAAACCUGGUAGCCUGCUUUAUGCCGCUGUAUCUCAAGGGAAUACAAUCCUGAUAGCCAAUGUGGUGCAUGGUGAAGGUUUGGUGAACAUUGACGAGUAUACAAAUGAGCUAAGACACAUUCGAAACCUUGUAAAUUAUUACAAAAUUGAGAAGCCUGAGAGAGAUUGGUAUUAUAUCCAGCAGUACCGAUCAGGAGAGAUCGCUUUCUGCACCCCGGAUAGACUCUAUAUAUUCAAACAAAAAUAAUGGAUGUCAUCAACGCUGAUGUAUGAUAUUAUAUGAAUAAUGCACGUAAGCGCGUGCAUUCAUGCGGGGCCAAAAUAAUAAUGAACGAUGUGCGAGAAACGCCAAUGGAAUCAUUCACCGCACCGAGGUCCGCAGGACCGAGUGCGGUAUAUCCAUUUAGCCAGUCGAGCACAUAAUUCAUUAUUUAGGUCCACUACGUAAAAAAAUGCGUGCAUUUUUUUUUAUACAUCUCCUCCCCCAUGUUACUGAGUUGCCCCGAAUGAUAUUUUAUCUAAAUUCUAGAUAAUUCCACUGGCAGACCUCGCACCAUCCUGCACUCUGACGUCAGAGUGCAUGAUAGUGCAUUGGUAUGACGUCAGAGUGCAGGAUAGUCAUUUUGAUGCCAUGGUGCAAUUUGCUGAAUAUCGUGUGAUCCGAUUUGGACCAAUCAGAUUACAGAACUUUCUUGGGAGUUGUAUAUAACACUAUGAUGUUACUCACUGAAUUGCCUUUUUAUGUUAAAGUAAGCCGCUAUACUGUAUAUAAAAAUACAAUAGACAGUUGUUGGAUCAUUAUUUUCUUCCUCGUUUCUCACCCAUAAAAAUAUUUCUCUCCUUACAACUUUGUUAUUUUCAGCUUUGCUACUAUCAAGCAUCAUCUUUGUCAUGUUUAUCCUGUAUGGGAAAUUAUCACACUUGCAUAUCAGGCAUAAUGUUAUAAGAUAAUAUUUCAUAAGAAGUCAGGUAUUUCUCUUUUCAUAUUAUAAUGACUAUUGCGGCUGUGAGGUUUUUACCAUUGCUUUAUUAAAGAGUGUAUAUACUGUUUAUGUACGAAUACCUGUAUGUGUGCAUAAAUUGGAAGUAUAUCAUGAUCAUUGCAAUGUAAUUGCUUUCUGGUAGACAUAUAUUUAAAGGCCUGGUGGGUGUUUCAUAAAGCUGUUCGUAAGCUAAGAGCGACUUUAAGAACGACUGGUGAACCUUUCUUACGCGCAAAAUAAUCCUUAAAGAUUUUUUCUUUUUACCAAAAGGAAGGAUCACCAGUCGUUCUUAAAGUCACUCGUAACUUACGAACAGCUUUAUGAAACGGCCCCCAGCUGCGUGCAAAUAACGUUACCCGGAUUUGAUGCGGAACUGGUGUGAAACUGACGCUGCUACUCUAUCAUUGUUUUAGUAAUUUGAUAGUGCAAUCAUAAUAAACAACUCGAAUAUGAAACACUAAAAUAGCUCAUUGUAUUUCAGACAAUGACACAAAAAGACUUGUAGUAAUAGCGUAGGCGUAAUGAGUUAAGGGAUAUCAAUUUGGGCCAUUCACGCAAGCCUGAUGUGGUUUAAUAGAUCCACUAUUAUUUUAAUAUGUAUUUCAUAUUGCUUUUUAUAUAUCUUUAUUGUUUUGAUAUAAUCGAAAUGAAAAGAAAUGAAAAAAAUGAGAAGGCACACAUUGCGUAUGGGAGUAAAAACAAAUCCUGAAAAAGCCGCGAGCGAAGCGAGUGAGCAAAAAUUCUGAUAUUUUGGUACAAAAAUCUAAUUUUGUGAUAAAUUGUUACAUGGAUAUUCAAAAUUCAUCAUUUUAGUUUCAUUUACUUUUUCCCCCUUGUUCGUAAAAAAAUUUGAAGGAAGAACAAUUAACUCAAUCAAAUUGUAAUAUUUAAGUUAGCUAAAUUAUUCAAUAAGAUAAAAAUAAUUACAAUUUUUUUUUUCAUAGGAUUUUGCCUUUUGAAGAGGAUGCAACUCGAUAGAAGAUCACGUCAGAUAUGACUUGCUAUUAUCGUGGAAAAUUGAAACUGUGUAACAUAAUCUUUCUUGAAUUGUCUGCAGGUAAACUUUAUUUAAGCAGAAAUUCUCUUUCAUCAAGAGUCAUACAGUACUACAUGAACGUCCAGACUGAAGAAAAAACAUCAUUAAUCGGUUAUACCCUUGAGAAUGAAGAUAAUUAUGGUCCACCUGAAUGCGAUAUGGAUAUCCGCACAAUUAUGAUCAAGAAUAAUGAUGUUCAAAUAUUCCAUAUCUGUUUGCAUUAUAUUAUUGAAUAUACAGUUUUUGUAUGUAGAAAUUUGCUGUACGUUUUAUUACUUAUAUCAAGACGAACGAAGCAAAACAUAAAAUUGAAUAAAGGAAAUAAAAUUUCAAAAUCUGGAAAAGAGUCACAAGAUCAAGAUAACAGAAUACCAUAAAUCAAAAUCGUGUAUAUUGUAAACAGUGCCGAUUCAUAGCUGUUCUUAUUACCAUGUUAUUGAUUUGUUGUUGU